CAGGCCCACCAUAGCUUUGGCUUUGUUGCAAAGGAGGUCAAGAUUUACCAUUUCUCUGGUGAACAGUGUGCAGAUUAGAACUUAAUGUCUGUUCAAGAAAUAAAUAAACAUGCAGUUCUCCCUCCUAUCAUUAAUAGAAGUGACAAGGAAUUUUUGAGAAGUAUGCAAAGAUACAUAAUUACAGAAAUUGAAAGAGUGGGCUGUACUGCUGAAGGACCUGCUGAUGAAUAUUACAUCAUAUACCGAAAUGUUUUUGAUAAGGUAAUAGAGUAUGUCACUGCAUACAAAUCCAUUCUUACUUCAAUCAAAAAAGAAUAUGAUGCUUUUAUUGAGACAAUAAAGAAAGGCCAAAGAACUGUGUUUUGUCUUCAUGGAAAACUUAAAGUUUUGGCAGCAGAGCCCACAGCUUUUGUAUAUCACCAGAAAAGAAAAACCCAACUUGAAGAAAAAAUGAAGAUUGUUGAAAAUAAUUCCUUGAUGAUUCAAUUGCAAAUAGAUCAAAUGAAACAGCUUAGAGCAGAGUAUGACAAGAAAGAAGUAAAAUAUUGUACUUUCUCCAAAGAUCCUUCACAACCUAUUCCAGGCAUGACUCUCCAAGAUUCUGUCAAUCUAGAUGCUCUCAAUAAAUAUAUGAAACAUCUUAACGAUAAGUUUGAAGAAAUGAAACAAACUAUGUUGAUAAAAUACAUACCAGCUCAAAGGAUGGCUGAUUUAGAUGAGGAAAUGAUUGUACUAUUAAAAAGGAGAGAUGUGGCUGAAGAUCUGAACAAAAAAUUACAGUUUCGUCAUCAAAGACUGCAGAUUAUUUCACAUGCACUUAAUUCAUGGCUAAAAUCUGAUAGGAGCGGCUCAUUUCAAGACAGCGUGGAGCAGAUUAUGAAAACCAAAGAUGUACAUGAUGACCAAGCUGUUGAUGAACUGUUUGAAGAUAAUCCAAGCAAAGCAAAAGAAGCUGAAAUUAUGCUUUACCACAUUGACAGGCUUAAUGAAUUAAUCUCACUUGGUGAAUAUGAAAAGGCCGCUUCUUUUGCAGCAAACAGUCCUAGAAAAAUUCUUCAAAACAUUGGUACGAUGAAUAAGUUUAAGGGUGCUGGUGCAGACUGUUAA